CCACUCAUCAGAGCAGAGACCCUCCCUCCUCGGAGAAAAAACACAGAAUACAGAACGGAACCAGCUCGGUCCUCAGACACGUCUUUAUCAAAACAAGAUGAAAAAGUUCCUGUUGUUGCUUCUCUUCUGUCACGUCUCAUCUCCAGUGAAACACUCACUGAAGUUUUUCUUCACUGGCUCUUCUGGAGACUCCAACUUGUCAGAGCUUGUGGGUACUGCAAUGGUGGAUGAAGUUCUGGUGGGUUACUGCGACAGCAACAAAAAGAUAGCGGAACCAAGACAGGACUGGGUGAAACAUUUUUUCGAAAACAACCCUCAGCAUUGGACAAUCUACACUGCACAGUGUUUUGAGGAGCAGCCUAACUCCUUCAAAGACUGGAUGAAUGACAUGAAGCAGCUGGGCUUCAACCAAACAGGAGGUGUCCACAUUUUCCAGAGUAUGAGUGGCUGUGAGUGGGACGAUGAGACUGGAGAGGUCAAUAGUUUUGAUCAGUAUGGUUAUGAUGGAGAAGACUUCCUAGCAUUCGACCUGAAGACAUCGACAUGGAUCGCUGCAAAACCAGAGGCUGUCAUCAUCAAACAAAGAUGGGAUGCUGAUAAAUCUGGAAUAAAACACAAUGAGAUUUUCCUCACUGAGAUGUAUCCUGAAUGGCUGAAGAUGUAUGUGGACUACAGCAAGAACUAUCUGCUGAAAAAAGAUCUUCCCUCAGUGUCUCUCCUCCAGAAGUCUCCCUCCUCUCCAGUCAGCUGCCACGCUACAGGUUUCUACCCUGACAGAGCCAUGAUGUUCUGGAGGAAAGAUGGAGAGGAGCUUCAUGAGGACGUGGACCUCGGAGAGAUCCUCCCCAACCACGAUGGAUCCUUCCAGAUGAGUGUUGACCUGGACCUUUCAUCAGUCCCAGCUGAAGACUGGAGGAGGUACGACUGUGUGUUUCAUCUCUCUGGUGUGGAGGACGACAUCGUCACCAAACUGGACAAAGCAGAGAUCAGGACCAACAGAGAGAAGUCCAGUCACAUGAUCGUCCCCAUCACUGCUGCAGGGGUUGUUCUUGUUCUCAUCGCUGCCACUGGAUUUAUCGUUUACAAAAGGAAUAAAGCCAAAGGUCCUGCACAAGGCUGGAUUUACCACCGGUGCCCGGGGGCCUCCGACCUCUAGGGGACCCCACUAACCAAGACCCCACUAACUGUGUGGCCUCAUCCUUU